AUGCACUACAGUAGAGCUUUCCAUAUGUGUUAUGCCAAAGCCAUUCGCAGUUCCCAAAAUAUAUCGCUGUUACUACCCCUAUCAUCAGCUGACAAUAUUUCACCUGAUCUCGUAACAAUUUGUCCGGAAGUAAAAAUUGCGAUGGUUAACAGUGGUAAGCAAAAUUGGAGUCAGAAACGAAGUGACUAUCAGAGCACUUACCCCAUGUAA